AUGAUAAAGAGGUAUACAAGUUCUUGCACGGUGGCGGACGAAAGCCCAGAAGUCGGAGAGGAGGCGGGCAACGGCCGUCUCCACGUUUUCCUGUCCUCGUUUUGGGCCAGCCUUGGAGGGGUCUUCGGCGGAGGCGGAUAUAGCUAUAAAACCGAUAAUCAUCACCAACAAAUUGAAAUAGAAAAAGGGUUUGUUUCAGAGAUGGGCUCGAGGGCUGCUGCUGUUGUUCUUGAGGAAGCCAUAGUUGGAGGAGGAAAGCCGAAAAAUGCGCAAGCCGAAGGUAGAAAUAGGCGUGUUCUGAGAGACAUUGGGAAUUUGAUAUCUGCACCAGCUGUUGAGGGCAAGCCCCAAAAUAUUACAAGGAGCUUUGGCAUGCAGACAUUAGCCAAAGCACAAGAAGAAGCAGUAGAGAAGAACAAUUUCAAGAAACCAUUGGAAAAAGAUUGUGCUGCAAAAGCCAAAGGUAGUAAGAAGGAACAUUUUCACAAACCAAAUAAACAAGAAUUGAUUGUCAUUAGCUCUGAUGAAGAAGAAAGCGACGAAAGUGCUGGAAUAGCAAAGAAAACAUCAAAGAAACCCAACAAAACUCUCACUGGUAUCCUUACUGCUAGAGGCAAGGCUGCUUGUGGGCUUACCACCAAGAAGAAAAUUCCGACCGUCGAUAUUGAUGCAGGCGACGUGGAUGAUGAAUUAGCUGCAGUAGAGUAUGUUGAAGAUAUGUAUAGGUUUUAUAAGCUAACUGAGGAGGAUGGCAGAGUUCAUGAUUACAUGGAUUCACAACCAGAAGUCAACUGUAAAAUGAGAGCCAUUCUAGUCGACUGGCUAAUUGAAGUCCACAAGAAAUUCAAACUCAUGCCUGAAAGCCUUUACCUAACAAUCAACAUACUCGACAGGUUUCUCUCACUAAAAAUGGUUCCAAGGGAAGAACUUCAGCUGGUCGGCAUAAGCUCAAUGCUAAUUGCUUGCAAAUAUGAGGAGAUAUGGGCACCGGAGGUGAGUGACUUCAUAGCAAUCUCAGAUAAUGCUUAUACCAGACAACAAGUGCUUCUCAUGGAAAAAGCAAUUCUUAGGCAGCUGGAGUGGUAUCUAACAGUGCCUACUCCAUACGUCUUUCUCACUCGAUACAUAAAAGCCUCUGCUCCAGAAGAUGAUGAGAUGGAGCACAUGACGUUAUUCUUUGCGGAACUCGGCUUGGUGAACUACUCGACCAGCAUAGAGUACAAUUCCUCAAAGCUUUCUGCAUCUGCAGUGUAUGCAGCUCGUUGCACUCUGAAUCGAGCUCCCUUGUGGACUGAGACUCUCCAACACUAUACUGGCUAUUCUGAGAAUCAGCUUCUGGAAUGUGCGAAGCGGUUGGUGAGCUUCCACUCGGGCUUAACGGAGAGCUCACUAAAAGCUGUUAGGAGGAAAUACUCUAAUCCGGAGAGAUUGGCUGUUGCCAUGUUCCCUGCAGCGACUACAUAUCUGCUAGAGAAUGCACUUCAUUCUCAGGAACUUGCAUGCGUCGAGCCCGGCUUACAUACAUGUUUUGUGUCUAUAGCAUCCGAUGUCUCGAUUAGAUUCUUUUCCCCAUCGGCCAUCGAUUGGGCUGUGGGGGCCCUGAAGGUUGCUGGAUUCAAUGCAGAUAACACAGUUGAGCCAACAUUGUUGUUUUGA